UAAAAGCGCCCAGACCCGGCCGGGCGGGAGCCAGCCAGGCCAUGGCGGAUGUCCCUGGUGCACAGCGACCCGUUCUCGGUGGAGGCUCAGAACCCCGGGAUCCCCUGGACUGUUGGGCCUGCGCUGUGCUGGUAACGGCUCAGAAUCUGCUGGUGGCUGCCUUCAACCUUCUCCUGCUCGCGCUGGUAUUGGGGACGAUCUUGCUACCUGCUGUCACCAUGUUGGGCUUUGGCUUUCUCUGUCACUCCCAGUUCCUGCGCUCCCAGGCACCCCCAUGCACUGCACACCUGCGGGACCCGGGCUUCACAGCCCUGCUGGUCACCGGAUUCCUGCUGCUCGUGCCGCUGCUUGUGCUUGCCCUGGCCAGCUACCGCCGUCUCUGCCUCCGCCUCCGCCUGGCUGAUUGCCUCGUGCCCUACAGCCGAGCCCUUUAUCGGCGGCGCCAGGGCACCCUGCAGACCAGGCAAACUCGGCCUUCACCAGCGGCCCCAGCUCUUCCCACACCAGGAAAGGUCUGGGUCUGAGAAGCCUCAACUCAAGAACGACCUUAUGUCUGCCCUUCCUUCCUGUCUACCCAGGGAUUUGAGAUGAAGCCUGUGAUCUUCUUCCUUGUUCAGUCCUUUCCCUAGCUGGGUCCUACCAUCCCUUUGGGGAACAGCAACUUCUGUGGACCCAGUGGUAGUGAAAACUCCCAUGUCCCCAGAAAACCCAUUUUCUUAUUACUCACAUCCAUCCUAUCUGGGCUGGACCCUGCACACACACACACCCCUUCCAUCCUUAGUCAAUAAGACAACUUGUAUUUACAGUUCUGAAGGACAGUUGAGAAGUGAGCAAACAUCAAUAAAGAAUUUUUGAACUGAA